GGUUGACCCAGUCGCUGUUCCCCGCGUUCGGCAUGCGCGUCGAGCCGGCGCCCGGAGCGAUCUGGACCGCGCGGCGGCUGCUGGCGGGCUACCUCAUGCUCUACGACGAGCUGGGCGUCUCGUGCGUCUACGCCGAGCUGCAGGCGCACUUGAGCGAGUCCGCGGCGUUCUUCUGCUACGAGGACGAGUCCUGCGCCACACCGCUGCUCAGCGUGCACGUCGACAUGAGCACGCCCGUCAGCGAGCGCGUGGGCGUGGACUGCAGCUGCUUCGGGCUCGGCGAGCACCACUUCUCCGCGCGAACGUGCCAGGAGAAGGCGUUCUGGCUGCGGGCCAUCAGCAACGUGAAGGUCAAGCUGCGGCACGGGGCAGAAGCGCCGACGCCGGCGGACUUGAGGAACUUCCGGCAGGCCGUGCUGGAGCAGUCGCGGCAGCUCCUGCCGCCCAGCGGCGACACGCCCGGGGGUUCCGACGGCCCGCUGCUGCCCCGUCGCGGCGCCGCCGAGCCAGACCCUGGGGCAGCUGCCGGCGGCCUCGCGUGCAGCGCUGCCGCCCCUGCAGGGUACACUGCCGGCUCCUC